AUGGCAGACUGGAGCCUGCUGGGAAACUUCCUGGAGGAAGUCCAGGAGCACUCUACCUCUGUUGGCAAGGUGUGGCUGACCAUCCUGUUUAUCUUCCGUAUCCUGGUGCUCGGGACGGCUGCUGAGUCGUCGUGGGGAGACGAACAGGAAGACUUUAACUGUGACACUGAGCAGCCGGGCUGCGAGAACGUUUGUUAUGACCGAGCUUUCCCCAUAGCGCACAUACGAUACUGGGUGCUGCAGAUCGUGUUUGUGUCCACUCCCAGUCUGAUCUACAUGGGCCACGCCAUGCACACUGUCCGCAGAGAGGAGAAGAGGAGGAGCAGAGAGGAGGAGGGGGGAGAGGGGGGAGGGAGAGAGGAGGACCAGGGAGGAGGUGAAGAAGGAGGAGGAGGAGGUGAAAGAGGAGAGAAGCACGGGGGACGAGGAGAGAGGGACGGAGGGAAGGACAAAAGAGACGGUCCAUCAGCGGGUCGAGUCCGUCUGAGGGGGGCGCUGCUGCAGACCUACAUACUGAGUAUCCUGAUACGGACCAUCAUGGAGGUGGUGUUUCUGAGCCUUCAGUACUUCCUGUAUGGAAUCUUCCUCAACCCUCUGUACGUCUGCAAGGCCUGGCCGUGUCCACAUCCAGUGAACUGUUACGUCUCCAGACCCACAGAGAAAAACGUCUUCAUAGUGUUCAUGAUGGCCGUGUCGGCCGUCUCUCUGGUCCUCAGCGUGCUGGAGCUGCAUCACCUGGCGUGGAGACACUGCUGCAGGCAUUACUUCUUCAGAGAGAAGGCCGUCGCUCCUGCCAACACCUCACUGGCCCGGCAGCUCUCUCUGUCCCCUCCACCACCCUCAAACCCUCCUCCAGACUUCAACCAGUGUUUGAUUGGCUCCUCGCACUUCCUGCCCCUCCCCUUCCCCAACCACCGCCUGGCUAACCAGCAAAACUCAGAGAACAUGGCCACCGAGAAGCACAAAAUGGCCGCUGCAGCAGAGGACGUCAACCUCCUCCAGAUGAGCUGCUACUCGCCCGGAUGGCAGGAGAACGGUAACAGUCAGAUCCAAGAUGGCGGAUACCUGAGGACAGACGCUAACUCCUACACCCCUGUGAGCGGGGAGAUCAGCUGCCCUCAGAUCCAGAGUGGCGCCCCGGACGGGCUGCUGCUUUGCCCGAACGGAGCGCUCUGUCAGAAGGACAAGCGAAGAUUCAGCAAAACCAGCGGGACGAGCAGCCGAACGAGAGCGGACGACCUCUCUGUUUAGAAAGGAAGCGGAAAAUGUAACUUCACACACGCCUGCUGAAAAACUGUUUGACCUUUUUAUUCAUACUCAGUUUAUACAGCUGAAAGAAUCAGUGCCGUCACAUUUAGCACCAGCCACAGAGUGUAGAUAAAGAUGGACGACAUGUCUCCACUUACCCCGGUAUAUCAAAAUGAAGGCAAAAUAUCCCAGAUACAGCUGCUGCCAUCUUGCACUGGUGAAGUUAUUUGGAGCCAGAGUUUGCGCGGUAGCGAUCUCGGCUGGUAUCAAGAUCCCGCCCACUGCUUGGUACACACAGCUGUCAUCAAAACCUCAAUUACAACAACUAAGCCCGUAACUUAGUGCCUCUCCCCAUGUGUUAAGGGCCCCAUGUGUCCUCUCCUAUCUGGGGAGGUGUGUGGUUGACUCACCGCCAGGCCACCGCCGCUCUUGCUCACUGCAACCAGCUCGCUUGCACUGGACGACUCCACUGGACACCCCUUCUCUCUCCUUCGUGGUUGUUCAGAGUGAAUGUGUAUUCACAUGGAUAAUUCGCGGUGGCGUGUCGAACGCUUUCUCAGGCUCUUUUGUCUUCUGAAUGUCUUGCAGCUCAUCACUCAUUACCACCAGCCCCCAAGUGUGACGUCAGUGCUGACCCUGCCUCCUUCCACCUGCCUAAACCACACCCACAUCUACAGGACAUGCUUUAAUCUACCAAUAAAGCUGUCAUAACAUCAUAUUUGGGGAAAUAUAUUUGACGUGUACUUUGAGUUUUUAGUUCGGCCCAUGUCUCAUCAACUAACAUGGAGGGGGCAGGGUUCAUGUCCUGCACUGCAGCCAGCCACCAGGGGGCGAUCCAGAUGUUUUGGCUUCACUUUGGGGAGCUGUCAUGUCGUCCAUCUUUAUUUACAGACUAUAGUAUAAGCACAAGCUCUGUUUUUCAGUUGUGUCUCAAAAGUAAUGAAACUCCACCCUGUGACUUGAUGAAGAGAUGUUUUCCUCGGACGAUGAAGCGUUCAGAUUGCAGUUUUAGGCCCCGAUCACACAGAAAGUGUUUUGCAGGUUGCAAAAUGCGAAGCGUGCCUCACUGUCUUCCCUUUAUUGUUCAUUUUUUUUACCAGUUGGUCCAGGAGCUUCUCCUCCGUCAUGGACGUUUCCAGGCAUAUUUUAGGACGACUCAGGGACAGUUUGACAACCUGCUGUCUAUCAUCGGGCCUUGCAUACCAACAAUGAACACUAACUGCAGGGAGUCCAGUGGUCCUGCCGAGUGAUUGAGCACCACCAGUUUCUCCUCCAUUGUUUACCAACUGUAACAAUACACAAUGGGCAAAAAGCGGGGAUGACGUUGGGGUGCUUUGUCACUCUGAGUGAUGUUUUUUCCACCUCAAGGAGUUCAGAGCACUCCGGCAAAAACGCCAGGUGCCUGGAGCACAGGAACGCGAGGCACGUAGCGACGCAAAAACAGCGAGCAAAAAGCUUCAUUCUCUUUAGAAGCUAUUACAAAAAGUCUUUCUGUGUGAUCGGGGCCUUAGUGUGUUUCUAACAGUCAAAAUACAGUACAUGCUGAGUCAAAGCACAUUCAUCUGGGGUAUCCCGUUUGACAUCAUCUAAAUGCAGACAAUUCUAAAAUAAAGAUUUUAUCGAACAUCCAGCAAUGUUGGAGCUGAAGGUAGCAGAAACCUCCCGAUCCAAGUCAGCUCAUAUACAUAUAUCAUCUCUUUAGAGUUGAUGACAUGAUGCAUAUGAAACGUUCAAGUGUAACGUAUUUGGGGUUUGCCGAAACGUAUAAAGCCAACAUUUUCUUGUACCAAUUGUUGAUAGGAGCUGAUUACAGCCGAUGACCGUCAGUUGCUGCAACUUAAAGCAAACAUUCUCUUCAAAGGACAUACGUACUGUCUUCUGAAGGUUGUUGAGGGAACCCGCUGAUGGGAUAACUCGUGACUGGAGCUCACCAGCCGAUGUUUUUAAGCAAACUCUUAUUAGAGGCUGAUCUCUACAUGUGACUGAUUCACAGCCCUUGAAUCUACCCAGGAAAUCACAGACUGAGCCUCACGCCUGUGGACGUCACAACACUGGGGGUGCUGGGAAUGUUUUGACCCCGAAGCAGCCAAAGUUUCACCUGAGGACUGAGCCGAAACUCACUGACUCGCUGUCGUUGGACAGUUUUGACUUUUCCAGUGAAGUAACAGGAAUUUAACUGGUGUCAUUUUGUGAAACUGUUAUUGUUGUUAGCGUUCAGUAAGUUUUAUUUGUCAUCAUUUUUACUUUAUAUCCAAGAGUCUCACCUGUUUUGGUUUCCAACUGCCGCAGUGUCUGUUUUACUGGAUACAGAUGUUCGUCCUUCAUCAGUGGAUAUGAACGUGAAGCACAGAUUUCAUCUUGACACCAGCAUAUUUUUACUCGAAUCCACUUUUUAGAAAUUGUGUCUGAAUUGCUCAUAUACGUGACUUGUUUUUGUUUGAUACCUGAGUCAGUUUGGAAGACAACUGGUGAGUUUCUACUGCACUGUAUCAUGGUAAUUUCCCAAUGUAGUUAUGAACACAUCUGGAUACACGACAGAAUACAGUCUUUAUAAUCUAGGAUGGAGGUUGUGUGUCGUCUGUAUUGUAGUUUUAUAUUUAUUUUGGCACUGCAAUAAUGUGAAUGCUAUAAAUGCUUUGCAGAUAAAACAAUG